AUGGCCGGUGAGAAGAAGAAGCAACAGCCUUUUUGGCUUGGUGGAGCCGCUGCUUCUAUGGCAGCAACAUGCAGUAAGUCAGGUGUGAAGUGUGAAAGCCGCAUGCAAGUCAUGCACCAACCGAAAAACAUUCUCAGGACAUUAGUAUUCUUUGCUGGCCGUGAUGGUAUCCCUUCUCUCUGGACUGGUUUGACUGGAUCCUGGCUCAGACAAUGUUCCUACUCAACCGCACGUUUCGGACUCUACAACUACUUUGCCAAGGAAGUCAAGCAAAGAACAGGAACCACGAAAUUGACCGCUGGCUGGGAGGUCGUGUGUUCUGGUGUGGCCGGUGGAGCAGCAGGUCUCAUCGGUAACCCUACCGAGGUCGUGCUCGUCAGAAUGUGUGCAGAUGGUGCUAAAACUGCUGUGGAGAGAUACAACUAUGGCAACUCAAUCCGUGCGUUGUUCAGAAUUGCAAAGGAGGAGGGUCUAUCAACUUUCAGCAGAGGCUUGACACCCAACAUUGUUCGCAGUGUCAUCAUGAGUGAGUUUGGUCUUUGGCAAUCACAUUCAGGCAGACUGCUAACACGCCACAGACAUUUCUCAAAUCGCCACGUAAGUCUCAGGGAUGCUGAGAAAUCGUCUCAAAAACUAAUCCAUACCAGCUACUCCACCGCAAAGGACUACCUUCUCUCGAACCCCAGUCUUGGUCUCAAGGACGGCAUUUUCCUCCACUUCCUCGCCUCACUACUUGCCGGAACCGUCGCAACUACUGCAUGCGCACCUGCCGACGUACUGAAGAGUCGCGUCCAAAGUGCUGCCACCGUAAACGGUGUAAAGCCCAGUCUCAGCAAAAUCUUCGCCGAAUCAUACAAGAAGGAGGGCAUCAGCUUCCUCAUGAGAGGAUGGUCGCCCGCAUGGCUAAGACUCGCCACCGGUCAACCGAAGCCAGUCCAGGAGAAGAAGGCCUCUGAGGCCAUGAAGGCAUAG